CUGACCCGUUGUCCGGCCGUGGUACGCCGCCCUAGGCCUCCAAAGCGGAGAUCUGCCGUGCAGCCCGGGUUCGCCUUCACUUCAGAGAUGUUGGGCCUCUUCCGAACUGGCCCAGCCUCCAAACAGGGACCCUUGGAGUGGCACCUGGCCCCCUCUCCCUCCGACCCUCUCCUUCCUUAGACCGCGGUUCCCUUCCAGGUUAACCUCCGACUCCCCACAAUAUUGACAACGCCCUCCCCGAGGAGCCAGCCUUCCUUCCGGACCACGCUCGACUCGUCCUGAUCAUGGAGGCUGUGUACCUCGUAGUGAAUGGGGUGGGCCUGCUGCUGGACGUGUUGACGUUGGUGUUGGAUCUCAACUUCCUGCUGGUGUCCUCCCUCCUGGCUUCCCUGGCCUGGCUCCUUGCCUUCAUCUACAACCUGCCACACACGGUACUGACGAGUCUUCUGCACUUGGGCCGAGGUGUCCUGCUUUCUCUGCUGGCCUUGAUCGAAGUCUUGGUCCGGUUCAUCUCUGGGGGCUUACAGGCUUUGGGUACCCUGCUUUAUAGCUGCUGCUCUGGGCUGGAGAGCCUAAAGCUCCUGGGACACCUGGCCUCUCAUGGGGCGCUACGGAGCCGGGAGAUCCUGCACCGGGGUGUGCUCAACGUCAUCUCCAAUGGCCACGCUUUGCUGCGCCAGGCCUGUGACAUCUGUGGCAUUGCCAUGAGCCUGGUGGCUUACGUGGUCAACAGCCUGGUUAAUAUUUGCCUCAUUGGCACACAGAACCUUUUCUCCCUGGUGCUGGCCCUGUGGGAUGCCGUGACAGGGCCUCUGUGGAGGAUGACAGACGUGAUGGCCGCUUUCCUGUCCCACAUUUCCAGCAGUGCUGUGGCCAUGGCCAUCCUCCUUUGGACCCCCUGCCAACUAGCCCUGGAGCUGCUGGCCUCAGCCGCCCGCCUCCUGGCCAGCUUUGUGCUUGUCAAUCUCACUGGUUUGGUGUUGCUGGCUUGCGUGCUGGCAGUGACUGUGACUGUGUUGCACCCGGACCUCAUCUUGAGGCUGGCCACCCGAGCACUCAGCCAGCUUCACACUCGCCCAUCCUUCCACCGGCUCCGAGAGGAUGUCCUUCGGCUGUCUCGCCUAGCACUUGGUGUGGAGGCCUGGCACCGUAUUUGGAGCCGUAGCCUACAACUGGCAAGCUGGCCGAACCGGGGAGGGGCAUCAGGAGCCCCCCUGGGUGGCCCUAGGAGAGUGUUCCCCACCAGGACCCAGGGUCAGGACACACCUCCUGAAGCGGGGCUCAGAGCAGAUGCAGAAGAGGAGGAGGUCAGCACCAUCAGAAAUCCACCUGCACGGGGCCGGGAGAGACUCAAUGAGGAGGGACCCACGGCUGGACAAGACCCAUGGAAGUUGCUGAAGGAGCAAGAGGAGCGGAAAAAGUGUGUCAUCUGCCAGGACCAGAGCAAGACUGUGCUGCUCCUGCCUUGCCGGCACCUGUGCCUGUGCCAGGCUUGCACUGAAAUCCUGAUGCGCCACCCCGUCUACCACCGCAACUGCCCGCUCUGCCGCCGCGGCAUCCUGCAGACCCUCAAUGUCUACCUCUGAAAACCACUCUGCCUACCCACCCUCCAUGCUCCUCGCAGACCCUCCCACGCAGAAGCCCUCCAGGUUAUGGCCUGAAUCACCUCUGUCGCUAUGGCUUCCCUGUAAAGCAUCAAACCAUACAUCUGUGGAGAUGUGAUACACUGGAAAACGGUGAUCUGGGUGGGGCAGGCUAGCAUAGCUUUGCUGAACCCCGUGGGUCCCUUAAUCCUGAGGGUGGUGAGUAUUUCACUAUGCAAGGGUUCUGAGACUGUCCCCAGUGGCCUCUCCUCAAGUCUGCCCAGGGCCCACCCAGAUGUCAGCUUCUGGGGCUAUCCUUUGCUUCCUGUUCAUUUUUUCUGUUGGUGAUUUACAAUUCUUUACCUGCCACUUUCCUCCGAGCUUCUGCAGCCACAACACAUCAGUGUCAUUUGUGUAUUUUGAUAACUUAGGGGCCAUGGGAUGGUCUUGAACUUUGGUGUUCGGCCAGUAUCCCUGUGUCCUGCUAGGUUUGGGGGUAGACUCAGGUGCUCUGAGAGCUGCUUCUGCCUGUCACGAUCUGAUGAGACUCCCUCCAAACUCAAUCCAAAAGCUGGGAUCAAUUUUCAUUUAUGGGGUGUGUGUGUGUGUGUGUGUGUGUGUGUGUGUCAAUUUUCAUUUAUGGUGUGUGUGUGUGUGUACCUGGCUUUGGGACCAUAGACCCUGGGGCUCCCUAGCUCCACAGGGAACCUCAGGAGGAAAAACCAAAUUUCUACUCAUUCCCUCACUCCCCACAUGGCAUAGAAAAAUGGCAUUUCUCUUUGUCUCUCCCUGUUAGUCGGGAGGGCAGACUGUGCACAUUUCACUAGGGUCCAAACAGAAGGGGCCAGUUUCUGAUGAAUAAAGUUCUAUUGACAGCU